ACGGGAAUGGAACGAAUUUUACGUGUCUUCAACAUAUUUAUCAAAAGUAAUAGAAAAAAAGCAGAAAGCAACACAAAAAGCUUCGAAACUUUACGGAUAGCCCGUGCGUGGUGAAUUUCCCAUUUUCAUCACCCGAACUCCACAUCUGAAGCUUUCCCGCAUUUGCGCAACAGCAAGCGCCCUCUGGCGAGUAAGCUCAAAAAAAUGGCGCCCCGCAGCAAAAGCAGGGCGAAAUUUGUGCCAGCGAAACGGCGCCAGCGCGAGCGAAACUGCAAAACGUCAAACAGGAAUUAGAACAGCAAUAGAGACAAACCGUGAGCUGUGAGGGGGGUGGUGCAAUUUUCGUGCUUUGCAAUUAGCUGGUGCAAAACUGGAGAACGAUGCAGUUUUGCGUACCGUGAGCCUGAACCGCCAGCCAAAAACCGUGUCGGUGCUCGUUCGGGGCGGCGUGUGCGACCCCUUUCACGCCCACCAAGACCGUAGCGACACAAACAAGCAGCAGGAAGGGUGUGCGGAAGCAGCAGCAGCAGCAGCAGCUGUCGUGGUGGUGAAAGGUGUGAAAGGUGUGUGGGGAUGGGGGAAAGUGCGUACGGCGGGUAAACAGACAAAACGUAAACAAAUCCGUCACCGUCUCCGGUUCGUCUGCCCCGUUGCCGGCUGCUGCCUUCCGUCCGUCAAUCAACCCGCAGCUCUGCCACAAACAACAACAGACAAACAAACAACAAAAGUAACAAAAGAAACAAAAAACAAUCAAAUUUGCAACACCCUCCCAGUUCCAACCAGCACAAUCAAACUGAGGGAACCGAAGCGAUGGGUGUACGGGGCGGCAGGAUGAACCGGAACGGUUGUGGCUGUAGUUUCUUCCCUCCGAGGCACGCACGGAGACAGUAAGAGCGAAAGGGAGAGCGUGUCUGUGUGUGUGUUAGUGAUUAGGGGAGUUAUAAAGAGAGAAAAAGAGUGAAGCAGAAUGAGCUGCGAACGGGAGGGGGCUGGCGAUGAGCCGGAAGCGGCCUGUCCCCGGCCGACCGCCAACCCGCCCGGCAAGGAGCCCGAGCCGGAAGCGGACCCCGAAUCGGAACAGGACGGGUUGGCAAUUGGAGGGCAAUCGCACCAAUCCGACGGCGAAGACGAGGACGAUGAUGACGAGGAGGACGACGAAGAGGAUGAGGAGGAGGAGGAGGAGGAGGAGGAGCCGCCAGAGUUGCGCGUGGCCGUCCAGCAGGAUUUUCCUCCGACGCCGUACGAAGAGUGUUUGGAUCUGAAGAUGUUCGAGCUGCGGACCGAGCCGGCGGGCGAAGCACAGGAACCGACCCCGGAACGCUCCGAAGAGGACGAAGAGGGGGAGGAGGAGGGUAGCGGUGAGGUGGAGGCAGAUUCGGUCGAUAAUUCCGCCGAAGAUAACCUCCAGCCCGAGCCCGGUCCAGCAAUUGUGCCAUCCCCUUCCGCCACCUCCCUGCCGGCAGCCACUUCUGGUGUGCGGCGUAAAAGUGAGCAACCGGCGAACGGUGCUCCCGAACCGCCGGACGUAGUGCCCGACGAGGAGCCGACCCCGAACGGCACGAAAAAGAAGGUCCGCCCGAACCGGCUGUCCCCGGAGCGGGCCGGCUGCUCGCGCAAGAAGCAGUUCUGGAUCGAGGGCACGGCCGGGACCGGCGGCCACCGUCCACUCGAGCGUUCCUGGCCGCCGAAAGCGCACCGCCCGUCGCCCGGUCGGCCGUUCCCCGGUGCGACGACACCGGGCGAUGGAUUUUCCUUCGACAUUAUCGAUAUGGACGAACAGCAGCAGCAGCAGCAGCAGCACCGCCACCACGAGGAGGUGGAGGGUGCGGUCGGUGGGCAGGAAAUGCCCGAUGCCGAGGGUAACCCGGUCGGGGGUCAGUCGACGCCACGCCGCAGGAAUCGGCGCCCGGACAGGAACGGGAACGAUGAACCGGACACGGGCGAAAGCGCGCGAGCGACCGGUGCCGGCAAGCAGCCGCUCCGCAAGAUGGUGGGGCGCAGUGGGGCGGACGAGCACGAGGUGGCCGGCGCCGUGCGGCCCCAUCGGCCGCUGGCCCGCACGCCCUCGAACGGGCGCGAACCGCGGUGCCGCGAGUACGGCCCGAUACGGCCACUGCCGGUCGACUACACGGCGGACGCAUCGGUACACACGGCGCGCAGUCCGGCCAGCGAACCGGGCACACCGGGGGACCGCUCGCCCGACCAGCCGCAGGGUAGGAGCGCGCCCCAGCCCCGCCAGCUGACGCGCGUCGGUGGUGGUCGGGCCGGUUCGGAGCUGGUUUGUCCACCGACGCCGACCCAUCACGCUCGCCGCAACCGGGCCGGGCCCGCUCCCUCGGCAGCACCGCCCGAGCACGGCUUCGGACCGCCGGAGCUGCGGCUCCAUCGGCAGCAGACGGCGCCGGACCAGCCGCCGGAGGGUGGCUUUGACGAGCAAGUGCCCCCGCCCGGCGAACCGGCAGAAGGUGCCACGGUACGGCACGUGCCGAGCAUGCGGCUGCCGUCCAUCCCGGAGCGCACGCGUGCCAUCCUGGCCGAGCCGGACGAGCCACUGCCGCCCGCCUGGGAGGCGCGCAUGGACAGCCACGGGCGCAUCUUCUACAUAGAUCACGCGACCCGCACCACCUCCUGGCAGCGACCGGGGCCGCUCGGCACCUCGGCCGUGCUGCUGCCCGAUCCGCACCGGCAGCAGCUGGACCGCCGGUACGCCUCCAUCCGGCGCACCAUCUACGAGCACCUGCGGCCCGAGAAUGGGGCCGCCCCGUCUACCUCGUCCACCGGGCCGGUGGCGACCCGCUCGCGCUCGAGCUCGACCGGCCGCAGCACGGUUGCGCUGCCCUCCACCGCGGGCUCGUUCCAUCCGGCGCUGCUGAUGCUGUGCCGGUCCGACUUCUACUCGAUGCUGCACACGAACGGCGACGCGAUCCAGCUGUACAACCGGAACGCGGCCCUCAAGCACAUGGUGUCGCGGGUGCGGCGCGAUCCGGGCUGCUUCGGACGGUACCAGCACAACCGCGACCUGGUCGCGCUAGUCAACUGCUUCGCCCAGCCCGCCCAGGAGCUGCCGAGCGGCUGGGAAACGAAGCUCGACCAGAGCGGGAAGCAGUUUUUCAUCGAUCACGUCAACCGGCGCACCUCGUUCAUCGAUCCGCGGCUGCCGACCGAGGGCCCGCGGGCACGCCACCAUCGGCCACCGGUCGGCCCGGCUGCCCUGCUGCUGCCACCGGCCGGCGGCCCCUUCCCCGAUGAGCGACCGAUUCCACCGCCCCGCCCACCCGGCACCCUUUCCCGGCUGGCGCACGUCAGCUCGCCGGAAAUUCCUGUCGCUUACAACGAUAAGGUGGUGGCCUUUCUGCGCCAGCCGAACAUACUGGAGAUACUGCGUGAGCGGCACGGAGCGGCCGCCUGCUCCCGCAAUCUGCGCGAAAAGAUCAACGCCAUCCGGGUGGAAGGUACGACGGCGCUCGAUCGCUACAGCCACGACCUGGAGCUGACGAUCCUGCUCAGCCUGUUCGAGGACGAGGUGAUGACGUACGUGCCGCCCCGGGCACGCAGCCCCCCGGAGCCGGGCACCUCGGCAGGAUACGGACCGUGCGGUGGACUCGUACCCGGUGGUGCGCUCAAGCCAGGCGGUCGGCACGUCCAGCGCGCCCCGAUGCGGCGCGACUUCGAGGCCAAGCUGCGCACCUUCUACCGGAAGCUCGAGUCCAAAGGCUACGGUCAGGGCCCGCACAAGCUCAGGCUGGAGGUGCGCCGGGCCCAUCUCGUGGAGGACGCGUUCGAGCGCAUCAUGGCGGCGAGCCGGCGCGAUCUGCAGCGCUGCCGGCUCAACAUCGUGUGGGACACGGAGGACGGGCUAGACUACGGCGGGCCGUCGCGCGAGUUCUUCUACCUGCUGUCCCGCCAGCUGUUCAGCCCGUACCGCAACAUGUUCGAGUACUCGGCGAACGACAUCUACACCGUGCAGAUCGCGCCGGAACGGCCGACCGAUCGGGACGACAUACUGGAAUGGUAUCGCUUUGCCGGCCGCGUGCUCGGCCUGGCGCUCGUCCACCAGUACCUGCUCGAUGCGUUCUUUACGCGCCCGUUCUACAAGGCGCUGCUCCGGCUGCCGGUGUCCCUGUCCGAUCUCGAGUCGCUCGACAGCUCGUUCCACCAGUCGCUGCUGUGGAUACGGGACAACAACAUGGACAACUGUGGCGAGCUCGGGCUCAACUUUACCGUCACCGAGGAGCGCUCGGACGGCACGUCGAUCGACAUCGAGCUGAAGCCGAACGGGCGCAACAUUACCGUGUCGGAGCGGAACAAGCGCGACUAUCUCGACCGCAUCAUCAAGUGGCGGCUGGAGCGGGGCGUCCUCGAGCAGACCGAGUGGCUGGUGCGCGGUUUCAACGAGGUGGUCGACCACCGGCUGGUGGCGGUGUUUGACGCGAGCGAGCUCGAGCUCGUCAUUUCCGGCACGGUCGAGAUCGACGUGCACGACUGGCGGGCGAACACGGAGUACCGGGGCGGCUACCACGACACGCACCACGUCAUCAUGUGGUUCUGGGCGGUGAUCGAGCGGAUGAGCAACGAGCAGCGGCUCCGGCUGCUGCAGUUCGUCACCGGCACGUCCAGCAUCCCGCACGACGGCUUCGCCGGGCUGCGCGGCUCGAACGGGCUGCGCCGGUUCUGCAUUGAGAAGUGGGGCAAGGCGAACGCGCUGCCCCGAUCGCACACGUGCUUCAAUCGGCUCGAUCUGCCGCCCUACCCGACGCCGGACGUGCUGUACGAGAAGCUGGUGCUGGCGGUCGAGGAAACGAACACGUUCGGCAUCGAGUAGAGUAGGUACGGAGGCGCACGGGCCGAGGAUUGCAUAUUUAUAGCUUAUUUAUUUUACCUUAGCGUCCCCAGAAAAGUGUUAACCCAUUUUUUUUGCGCACCCCGAGGCCGUUUGCUUGGAGGUUUGUUUUCCGAGCGGAAGUUUUGUUGUUGUUUAUAGUCUUGAUUUUUUUUAAUAGCAAAGCUGCCCGUCUACGGCACCACCGUGUCAGUAAAGUAGUACUAAAACAGGGAAGCGUUUGAUUCAACGCAAAUAGGGUUUUUUGUUGUACUAGCAAUAGGCAAGCGAUACUGGCGGCUGCACCCGCAAUGGCACUCGCGUACCGUAAGUCAGCGUAUUCUUCGCAAAUGUGCCAUCGAUUUGCCGGCAGACACACCGGUCCUCCUGCCCGGAUGCUCGGCGACAAUCGAAACUGUACCAAGGACUGUGCGCAGCUUGUACAAGUGUCUUUGUUUUGCUGCUACACACACACACACAGAGCAUCGGGAUGCAUCGCUCCCGGAGUUGGCUCCACCAGUCCGAGCCCGGCAGGCAUCGUUAGCUGGAGACGUCAGGCGCUAGCGUCAUUUUAUCGUCCUGCCUGGGGUUGCUUUCUUUGCAACAGAAGCUCAAACAGCUCGCUCGCCCAUCCCCCAACGCUGCCCGCCGGUGCCAUAUGCUGGCGCGUUGCGCUGCAUCAUCCCCAUUAGUCGGGCCUUUCCGCUUUCCAACUCGCCUGUUCAGUGGGCGUGUGUGUGUGUGUGUGUGCAGCAUCAUUGUCAUGCUUGUUUUCACUUGUUCACUGUCGCCGCGUUAGAAGGGCGAACGAGGAGCCGAGUCCCGGGACCGGGGACAGCAUGAUAUGUAAAUGUGCACCAAACCGGCCAUCGUAAGCAUCGUAAUUAGUUGGUACAGGCUAAUCGAAUCGAGCAAGCGGGCCCGAUGAUAAUUGAUAGAGGGUGCUUUAUAACGAAAAAAAAAAAAUAAGAAAAAAACCGUUUCCCUGUAAUCACGGCCCAGUAGGGCAGCGGGCCAGCAGGGCAGCAAAUCGCCGUGCAGUGCGAUAUAGUUAAUUUUGCCCUCAGCGUGUCUAUUUUGUUUUGGCUGGACAGGGUUAACACAUGGUGCGCUUUUGCUCAGCCUUGUUUUUAUUACAUUAUUUUAUUUUGUUUUGAGCGUUAGAUUAAUUGUCAAAAAACGAAUGCAGGCAUUUAGCUCUUAAAAAAAACGACAACUCUAUUGCAAAUCGGCCAGGUGUGCACAGAUCGGGGGAACUCCUAAAGGAAAUGUAGCUCGCAGCAGGGGAGCUUGAAAAAAAAAUACUAGACUCGUAGUUGAUAUAGGUGCAGCUUUUGAAAAGUAGAAUAUGCCAAUGCACACGUACGCAGCGUAGCGAUAAGGCGGUUAGGAUGGCACUAAAACACUCGCGCAACUUAUUACUUAUUAGCAGCAGGAGCACAACAAGCAAAAACAGUCAAGAGAAUAGAAUAGCAUAGAAAGGGCGAACUAGGCUGACGAGAGUCGUAAACAGUGCUGCGAAAUGUCAUGAGCAUCACGAGAUGUUCACCAACGAAAAUAGUGAACAUAUCCGUGGUUGCUUGAUGCUCAUUGUUGAUACUCAAUGAAAGUGCGUCAUGACGCAUGCCGAACGCGACAUAGCAUAGCAUAGUCAUGACUUGUGAACAGUGCUGACAAAUGCCAUCGUUUCAGUCACCAACAGCCAUGACUAGAAACGACGCUCAAAUCAGCUCACGUUCACUACUGAGAUGAUCAGAUGUGAGUCUCAAACAGUUGCUGGAUCAAUCAUAUGCUUGGUGGCAUUUUGUUGAGAACCCAACUCUUAACCACGACAUUUUCUGGCGGUGAUAAUCACGUCAUUCUUGGAAUAUACUUACCGUGCGGUUCCAGUAACAAAAUGAGCAUGCUCUGUCUGUUUUGAUUGUCCGUCGGGUCAAACAGAGUGAGAAAGUAUGCUCAUUUUGUUUCUUGGUACCACUCGCAAGCACCGCAUAUCUCCCAUGACUAUCGUGAUGUUCAUCGACAGAAAAUGUCGCGACCAAGUGACUGACCAAGAGUUGGUUGUACACAAUGUCACCAAGCAUGUGAUGGUCGCAACUACUGUUUGAGUCGCACCUGUGAUCAUCACAGUAGCGCACGUGAAGCUGACAUUAUUUUGUUUCAGUCGGAAUUUGUCAUGACUAUGUUAGUGACAUUUUGCAGAAUUGAUCACAGUAAAAAAAAGUCAUUACAUAGUGACUGAUCAAACGAUGGUCGCAAAAAUGGCACGAAGCACGCAUUGAUCACACCAAAUCGUUUUGAGUAUCACCACAGAUUAUCGCAAUUGAGUACGUGACGUUGACAUGGAUUUUGUUACAGUCAGCUUUAUGUAUGACAUUGGCGGUGACAUUUUGCAGCACUGAUCGUAAAUCUGAAAUCAAAAUCUCAACACACACAUAAAGACGUAUAGCACCUCCGCUGAUGGUCGAUCGGAGCACAAACGGUGUCCACUUGCGGCCUGACUGUGGUGUCAUUCCGAGUAGAUAGACUAAUACUAACACCACGGCAUAAAAAGGGGCUUAAAAGGCAACCGUGAGACAAUUGGGCAAGCCAGAUGUACCAAAGGUAGCCACUAUUUCGCUUACUUUCAAAUACACUCAUACACAACACACACAUUCCGGCUAGCUUUUCCGCGCAUUCUUGUGCUCACGAAAAAAGGGGGUUUAGGAUCGUUUUUUGGCCGGGGGCAAGCAACAUCAUAAUUGCUCGGUACGCCCAAUCCAAAACCACACGCGACUGUAUCGUAUUUAUUAUGCCUUUUUUGUUGUUGCUAUAAGUGAGUGAAUAUUGACAACGUUUCUGCGAGCGAGUAAGAAAGAAUCUUCGACCGCUGAAGCCUCGCCAAACAGCCAAGAAACGAACAACCAUACUAUUAACGUUACCAAGCGAUGUUCACCGAACCGAGAGUGUCCAGUAUGUAGACUUAAGCAGAGAGAGAAGAAAAAACACACGCGCCAGUGAAGCUUUGAAGCCAAGUGUUCGAGUAUGAUGAGUUUCAAGUAAUUGAAAUAAAAAGAAAAAAAAAAACACAUACAAGCUUGCAGCGGUAAGCAUCGAGACGGACAGGGACAGACAUACCGAUGGGGAAAAGGCUAGUGAUGCAAAGUGAGAACCCGUAAAGUCGGGCGGCUUUUCACCGCCAGCAGGGGAUGUGACUGCAAAUGUGCUUGCCCCUUCCCUGAGUCUGAUAACAGAUGCAGCUGCACACACACACACACACACUCACACACACUAAUCUUAAGGAUUAUCCGCUGCCGUUCUCCCCUUGAGUAGGUCCCCAACCGCAUGGAAAACUCUCUUGUUGGCAUGGACAAUGUCAGAAAAGGAUAUGAAACAAACCAAGCAAAAAAUGGCAUUAGAUCAGGAAACAGUGUAUGUGUGUGUGUUUAUGAUAUAAAACUGCAAACAAAAAAUGUAUGAAAAAUCAAACAUGAUGAGUGCAGGAGGAUAGCAUACAAAAAAAUACAAUUUUUUUUUGCAUAAAUGACACCGCUAAAGACACUGCUGAUGCGAUGCGCGCGUGGUGACAACGCGAAACAGCACAGCAGCCGCAGCAUACGCCCGCGUUACAACAAGAUAAUAAACAUGCAAAUUGCUUCGAAAAGCUAUGGAUAAUAAAA